AUGGCGUGCGCGCGAGAGGGUGGGUUGGAUUGGCGAGCGGUUGAGUGCGUCGCGGAGCGGCGCGGCGCGGUGGGACGCAGCGCGCGCGAGGGAGACGAGGAGAAGAUCGACGCGCUGUGGAGGGAGAGGAUCGAGGCGAAUCCGAAAUUGUUUAACGGUACCAAAUUUCGCUUCGCGGGGUGUGCGGUUGGGACGAGCGGGGGGACGGCGGCGGAACGCGCGGUCGCGGCGCGCGUCACGCUCGGUUUGACGGAUUACAAGACGUUUCUCGCGACGAAUCUCUCGGAGGAUUGGAGGGAUUUCAUCGAAGACGACGACGCAGACGGAUCAUUUGGGACGAUGACGUCGUCUGCGUGCGGCCGCGCGAGCGUGAGAGAGGAGGGCUCGAGGUACGCGCGGUUCGCGAACGCCUUGGGUAACUGCGUGUGUUUGCGCUCCGCGGACGACUACUUCUUCGCGCUACAGCGAAGUGACGACGUCGGCGAGGCCCCGGGGGCGUUAGUAUUUCCGGGCGGUCACGGUGAGCCGAGCGAGCUCGGUCUGGACGUCGACGACGAGAACGCACCGCGAUCCAUGGACGUCUCGCGAUACGUCUUCGACAACGCUCUCGCCGAGCUCGGAGAGGAGCUUGGCGUGCACCCGAGCGACGUCACCGACGUCCGAAUCCUGGGGAUCACCCGAAGAGUCAUCAACGCCCGUCCGUGCAUGGUCUUCUACGCGCGAACGCCGCUCACGAGCGAGGAAAUCAUCACAUCCAGGUACCCGCUCGCCGCGGAUGGCUACGAAUCAAACGCCGCCGUCGCGCUCCGCGUCGACGACUUCGAUCGUUCGCGCAUGCCCGGCGAUCACGUCGGCGCUUUAUCGCUCCUCAUUCGCGCCCUGGAGCACGAAAACCUAGUCACGAGGGCGUGA